GGCAGUAGAAGCCAAAAGUGAACAGGAGAAGGAAACUUUAAGGAACAGUCAAGAUGGGCAUGAGGAUCAAGCUGCAUAGUACUGACCAUCCGAAUAACUUGUUGAAGGAACUUAACAAAUCUCGAUUGACAGAGUCUAUGUGUGAUGUCACCAUUGUUGUGGGUAGCCGUUCCUUCCCUGCACACAAAGCAGUGCUGGCAUGUGCAGCAGGCUAUUUCCAGAAUCUUUUCCUGAAUACAGGAUUGGAUGCUGCCCGCACUUAUGUAGUGGAUUUCAUUACUCCAGCCAACUUUGAAAAGAUUCUGAAUUUUGUUUAUACAUCAGAGCUCUUCACAGAUCUUAUAAAUGUGGGUGUCAUUUAUGAGGUUGCUGAAAAAUUGGGCAUGGAUGAUUUGCUGAAGGCUUGCCAUUCUACCUUCCCAGACUUGGAAAAUUCAGCUGUCACUAAACAGCCUUCUGCCUCAAAUGAAAGCCGGGGUAGUGGUGCUUUAGCUGAACCAAAUCAUUCUCUAGGUGAAAGUCGAAAUAGCGGGGAACAACUGGGAUCAGAGCGAAAUUGCAAUAUGCAUGGUGAAGCAGCCACUGGCUACAAAGAAGAUCCUACCAAUGAAGUUAGUCACAAUUUAAUACACCCACAGACUCCCAAAGCUGAAGAUCAAGAAGCAACAGGACCAUUUACUGGUGCCAUGAGUAUAAUGACCCAGGCUGGCCUCGGUAAUAUUAGCAUGGCUGUUCAAACCACUGUGAACUCUUGUCCGCAGUAUAAAGUCCAGAGCAACGGGGAUUAUAACAAAGGUAAUCUUUUUGCCUCCGAUGUCUCCUUAGAUAUAUCAACAAGUAGCAAUUCCUGCCCCAGCAAUAGUGACCAUUCCAAAGAUCAUGUUUUUGGGCCAAUGGAUGAACUGCAGCUGGAAGAUUUGGGGGAAGAAGAUCUGCAUUUUGAAGAUCCCAGUGAAGAGCUCGGUGCGGCAGAGGAAGUGAUAGAGCUGAGCGAUGAUAGCGAGGAGGAUAUAUCCUUUGAGAACGACAGCCGGGAAAACAAGGCCAUGCCCUGUCAAGUGUGCAAAAAGGUUUUGGAACCCAACAUUCAGUUGAUCCGUCAGCAUGCCAGGGAUCAUGUAGACCUUCUGACUGGCAACUGCAAGGUUUGUGAGACCCAUUUCCAAGACAGGAACUCUAGAGUCACUCAUGUCCUGUCACACAUUGGGAUAUUCCUCUUUUCCUGUGAUAUGUGUGAGACUAAGUUUUUCACUCAGUGGCAGCUGAACCUUCAUCGCCGAGAAGGGGUGUUUGACAACAAUAUUAUUGUCCAUCCCAGUGACCCUCUGAUAGGGAAGGUCAAUUUGUUCAGUGGGGAUUUGGCAUGUGCUGCCUGUAGGAAACCUUUGGCCAAAGAUUUUCAUGUGGUUCGUGGCCACAUCUUGGACCAUGUGAAUUUGAAAGGCCAAAUAUGUGGCAUAUGUGACCAGCAACAUCUCAAUCUCUGCAGCUUGAUGUGGCACACACUUUCCCACUUGGGAAUUUCUGUCUUCUCUUGCUCUAUCUGUGCCAGUAGUUUUGUGGAUAGACAUCUUUUGGAGAAACAUGUGGCUGUCCACCAAAGUAUGGAAGAAGCUCUCUUCCGGUGUCAUUACUGUGGUCAGGCUUUCAAACUUGAAGCUGCAUAUCGCUACCAUGUUAGUCAGCACAAGUGUAACUCUACCUUGGACCUUGUCCGGCCGAACUUUGGUGAUCGUCUUCAUCAGCAAGCAUUGCAAAAGCGGAAGCUGACGGAGAAAUUCCUAAAUGAGGAUGUGGCUCUCCAGAACCAACCUGGAAAUAGUAAAUAUAGCUGUAAGGUUUGUGGGAAAAGAUUUGCUCAUACGAGUGAAUUCAACUACCAUCGGCGGAUCCACACCGGGGAGAAGCCCUAUCAGUGCAAAGUGUGUCACAAGUUCUUCCGUGGACGUUCUACCAUAAAGUGUCAUUUGAAGACACAUUCUGGGGCCCUCAUGUACCGGUGCACAGUUUGUGGCCACUACAGUUCCACCCUUAACCUUAUGAGCAAGCAUAUAGGUGUGCACAAAGGGAGCCUCCCACCAGACUUCACCAUUGAGCAAACUUUCAUGUACAUCAUCCAUUCCAAAGAUGCAGAAAAAAACACAGAGAGCUGAUGCAGCUAUACUGGGGAAGUAAACACUACCUUGAAGCAGCAGUG